AUGGAUUUGAAUAUCGGAUUCAUUGGCCUCGGAGCUAUUGGCUACCCAAUGGCGGCGUCUAUUCGUCAUGGAAUCUCAAGAAAGUCGGUGGUACAUGUCUUUGACGUGCACAAGCCCGCCUGCCAAAGGUUCCACGACGAGUUCAUCAGCCUGGGUCCCAUCGAGAUCCAGGACUCACCAAAGCAGAUAGCAUCCAAGGCUGACGUGGUCAUCUCAAUGGUACCAGGAGCUCGAGAAGUCUCGCACGUGUAUCUCGACUCUAAAGAUGGCAUUAUUUCAGCAACAAAGAACGAAAGAAGACUUCUUAUAGAGUGCAGCACAAUCGAUGUUGCAACCGCAAGGGAUGUAGCCCGUCGAAUCAGAGAAGCAGGUCAGGGUAUAUAUGUGGACGCGCCCGUUUCUGGAGGAGUCCCAGCGGCUGAGAAAGCCAGUCUCUCGUUUAUAAUCGGGCACCCAGAGCCAACACCAAGCGAUGAUGUGGGACAGAGACUCCGGGAGAUCAUCACCGUAAUGGGUGAUCCCAACAAACUCUUCUGGUGUGGAAGCGUUGGCUCUGGACUGGCCGGUAAAAUCAGUAACAAUUACAUCUCAUGCUCGGUUCUGCUGCUCAUUGCAGAAGCCAUGGCCAUCGGGGUCAAAUCCGGAGUCGACCCGAAGAUGCUGCAGAAGAUCAUCCAUAAUUCAACAGGGCAGACGUUCAUGGGAGAUAACGUGUGUCCUGUUCCUGAUGUGGUGCCUCAUGCUCCCAGCAGUAACAACUGGAGACUUGGGUUCAAAACGCAGAUGUUUCUGAAAGACCUGUCUUUGGGCAUAGAGGCAGCCCGCCAGCAAGGUCUGCAGCCAACCAUGGCAGAAGCCGCAUACGCAGUUUUUGAAAAGGCAUCCAAGGAUCCUCGCUGCAUUGACCGGGACGGAUCUUCUGUGUACCUACAUAUCACCGAUACAAGGGAGAAAGUCCAGAGUGGAGAAGGAAUUGAAUGA